AUGACCUCUCCCGCUGAAACGAAUGUUUGUUCAGCAACGAUUAAACCUACUCCAUUAUCGCUUUCCACAGCACAGACAGAUCGGACAUUCUCGAAAGACUUCCGAUACCUUCCCAUUCCGAGACGACUCCGUUAUGACCUUGACAAGCCUUUCCACUUCGGAAUGUUACUCAACGUAUCUUUUGGCAUAGUCGUUGCCAACCUAUACUAUUGCCAACCAAUUCUAAUUCAAUUAUCUGCUUCUUUCCAUGUCUCCUAUGACGAGGUGGCAAGAAUACCAACGCUGGUCCAAGCUGGGUUUGGCAUCGGCCUCCUAUUCAUAGCGCCACUCGGUGAUAUGCUUCGCCGGCGCCAGUUGAUAAUGCUCUUGAUUGUGUUUUCCACUGUCUUGACUAUAGGACUCGCCAUUACAAACAACCUUUUGGUGUUUGAGAUCAUCUCUUUUCUGAUUGGGUUGACGUCCAUCACCCCCCAGAUUGUUAUACCACUGGCCGCUGAUCUCGCUCCUCCCGCCCGUCGCGGAUCAGCUAUCUCAGUCGUCCUGUCAGGCUUUUUGCUUGGCAUCCUCCUCGCGCGCGUACUAUCUGGCAUAGUGGCCAAUUUCACGAGUUGGCGAAUCGUGUACUUUACAUCUAUCGGUAUCCAGUGUUUUGUCCUGGGCGGUGCAUACCUGUUGCUUCCGGACUAUCCAGUACAGGACCGGGAGUUAUCCUACUUUGGAAUUUUUCGUUCCAUGGCGAGAUAUGCUAUCACCGAACCUCUCGUUGGCCAGAUCAUGCUGAUAAACUGGGCCGCCAGUGCGUGCUACACCAAUUGGUGGGUAACCCUCACGUUCCUACUUGGUGGACCACCAUAUAACUACUCCACGAUGGUCAUCGGCUUGUUUGGCCUGGUGGGAAUGUUGGGCGUAAUUGUUAUGCCAUUCGUGGGCCGUCUAGUCGACCGACUUGUGCCAUGGUGGUCCGCCAUUGUCUCAACGAUACUUCUUCUUGUGUUCCAAGCAGUGCAAACCGGAGCAGGGGGCACAAACAUCGCCGCGGUCAUUAUCUCCUGUUUUGGAUUAGACCUGUUCCGCCAAACCCAAUCCGUAUCACUCUCUACGCUGUUGUUCAGUCUUUCAGAGACUGCUCGCUCGCGUUUGAACGCGCUAAUGAUCAUAUCAAUUUUUCUGGGUCAGAUUACUGGGACGUCUGUUGGUACUCACGUAUUUGUCGAAUAUGGAUGGCGGGCCGAUUCUGCGCUUUUUAUAGCCAUGUAUGUCUUCCAGUUCGCAGUGUUUAUUCUUAGGGGUCCUCAUUGCCCCGGGAAUCGGUGGUUCGGUUAUGAAGGUGGAUUUGAACUUUGGCACAAGCUACCAUCUAGGCAGACAAUUACGAACAAUGACCCUGAGAGUGCAGGGAGCACGCUUGCUGUAGUCUCCAGCGAGAAGAAGGAUGCCGAAGGAAAAGUUGCUGAGGGAUUCUGCUAGUCCGAUAAAAUGAUUCGGGCUAUCAAAAAAAAAUUGUACGAUCCAGUCGUACAUGACACCUUAUUCAUUCGGUUUUGCUUGUUUAGAUUCUGCAUCACUGAAUCACGUAUACCACCAGUUCACCCACUUCGUAAAGAUCAUGCAGAGCAUUGGUUAUUUAGAAAAUUGCUCAUUGUACCCAAUU